UCCCAAACGAAAACCACGCGACACGCGAAUGUAAACAGUGAUACAGUUUGAAAUCGUCGAAGCGAACUCGUUUAGAUUUAGAUCAAUUUCCUACAGAAAAGCGCCUCAAAAUGUUAACAAAUCGAGUGUUUAUGAAGAAAACCCGUAAAGGCGGCAUAAUCAAGGUCGUUCGGGAGCACUAUCUGCGGGAUGACAUCGCCUGCGGAAUCGCCCGGUGUGGCCUCUGCCUCAUGACCGAUUCCCGCACCACUCUGGAUCGGGUGCCGGAGUUCAGCAGCACCGCUUUCCCCGGGGCCCACUACCUGAUGCUGGACACGAACGUCAUCCUGUAUCAGAUCGAUCUGCUGGAAUCGGACGCCGUCCGGAACGUGAUUGUGCUGAGUACGGUGCUGGACGAGGUCCGGCACCGGAGUCCGGCUAUUUUUAAGAGGCUGAGGAAGAUUUUGAGUGAUCCAGGGAGGAAGUUUUUCACGUUCGUGAAUGAGCAUCAUAAGGAGACGUAUUUGGGGAAAGGGGUGGGGGAAUCGGCGAAUGACCGGAACGACCGGAUGAUCCGGAGGGCGGCCGUUUGGUAUGGGAAGCAUAUCAAGGAGGAGGAUUCGGGGAAUAAGGUGCGGGUGGUGGUGCUGACGGAUGACGCGGAGAAUAGACGGAAAGCGAAGGAGGAUGGAUUGCUGGUUUCUUCGGUGGCGGAUUACGUGACUUCGCUGAGUGGCCAUCCCGAGCUGAGGGAUAAGGUUUUCAGCAGCGAGAAGUGGCAGGACGAGUCGAAGAUCAUCUUCCCGGCGCACUUGACGACGACGCAGAUCCACGAGGGCAUCAAGAAGGGGGAACUGCUGCAGGGAGCGUUUUUUGCCUCGAGGGAUAACUUUCUGGAGGGAAAUGUCCGGGUGGAGAGCAUUGAGGAGCCGGUGUUGAUCCAGGGGAGGCUGAAUCUGAACCGGGCGGUUGAUGGAGACGUGGUGGCCAUUAAGCUGCUGCCGAAGAGCGAAUGGAAAUGUCCCAGUGGAGUGGUCCUAGUCGAUGAGCAGGCAGUGGACAACGAAGCAGUCGAAACUGCGGAUCCAGAGUUUAAACAGGAAGACGGAGCAGAUAGGGUUCCGACUGCAACCGUCGUGGGCAUCAUCAAAAGAAAGUGGCGUCAAUAUUGUGGGAUAUUGGCCGCCAAUCCGAUGGCGUCCUCAACUCGGCAUCUCUUCAUAGCUUCCGAUAGGAACAUCCCUCGGAUCCGGAUUGAGACUCGCCAAUCAGCGCAGCUGAUCACCCAGAAGAUCGUCGUAGCCAUCGAUUACUGGCCGAGGCAUUCCAAGUACCCAAUAGGACACUUCGUUCGCGCCUUGGGUGGCAUUGGAGAGAAGGACACGGAGAAUGAGGUGAUCCUUCUGGAACACGACGUCCCCCAUGGAAGCUUCUCGGCGGAAAUUCAGUCCCAGUUGCCCAAACUCCCGUGGACCGUCGAUCCGGAGGAGUACAGGAAGCGUGUGGACCUGAGAGACAUCACCAUCUGCUCGGUAGACCCUCCGGGAUGUACAGAUAUUGACGACGCACUCCACGCCCGAAGACUCGACAACGGAAACAUCGAAGUCGGAGUCCACAUCGCCGACGUGACGCACUUCAUCAAACCCGGAACCCCGUUGGACAAGGAGGCUGGCCUCCGGGCCACCACGGUCUACCUCGUAGACAAACGUAUCGACAUGGUACCGGACGUGCUGAGCUCCAAUCUCUGCUCGCUGCGCGGAGGCGAAGAACGUCUGGCCUUCUCCUGCAUCUGGGAACUGGACGACGGCGCCAACAUCAUCAACACCAAGUUCCACAAGUCCGUCAUCAAAUCCAAAGCCGCCCUGACCUACCAGGAAGCCCAACUCAUCAUUGACGACCCCACGCAGACCAACCAGACCGCCCAAUCCCUCCGUCUCCUCAACAAACUAGCCAAGAUCCUCAAGAGGCGUCGUAUCGACAACGGAGCCCUCGUCCUGGCUUCCCCAGAAAUCCGCUUCAACAUCGACAGCGAAACGCACGACCCGAUCGACGUAGUCGCCAAGAAGCUCCUGGACACCAACUCCAUGGUCGAGGAGUUCAUGCUGCUCGCCAACGUCUCCGUCGCAGCCAAAAUCCAGAGCGAAUUCCCGGAGUGCGCCAUGCUCCGUCGCCAUCCCUGUCCCCCGGACGCCAACUUCGACCCCCUCAAAAAGGCCGCCUCCUACCAAGGCUUCCAGAUCGACACCUCCUGCGGCAAAAACCUGGCCACCAGUCUGGACCUGGCCGUCAAACCAGACAACCCCUACUUCAACACCCUGCUGCGAAUCCUGGCCACCCGUUGCAUGAUGCAGGCCGUCUACUUCAUCAGCGGAACCAUCCAGCAGCAGGAAUACUUCCACUACGGCCUGGCCUCCCCAAUCUACACCCACUUCACCUCCCCCAUCCGACGUUACGCCGACGUAAUCGUCCACCGUCUUCUGGCGGCCUGCAUCGGCGCCGACGCCACCUAUCCGGCCCUCCUGGACAAACAGGCCAGCUCCCAGCUGUGUAACAACCUGAACUACCGCAAUCGGAUGGCCCAAUACGCGGGACGAGCCUCCGUCGCGCUCCACACCCACCUAUUCUUCCGCGAUCGUACCGAGGACGAGGAAGGCUACAUCCUGUUCGUCAAGAAGAACGCCAUCCAGGUGAUCAUCCCGAAGUAUGGUCUCGAGGGAACCAUCUACGUCGCAGGGAAGAACAACGAGAAGCUCAAGAAGGACGGACCCAGCUUCGUGUACAAUGAGGAAACGCAGACGCAGUCCUGCGGGGAUGUGGAGUUCCACGCUUUCGACCCGAUUACGGUCCGAUUGAGUCUGGAUUCGACCAACGUGCAGCACCAGAGGUUGGUGUUCGAGCUUGUUACGCCGUUCAUUGAAGGGUUCAGCGUGCCGCCGUUGGAUGGUGGUGCAACGAAUGGAGCGGCGGCUAAACGGAAGGGCGACGAAGCGGUGGAGAAUGCCGAGAAGACGAUUAAGAAGAGCAAGAAGGAGGAGAGUAAGAAAAAGAAGAAAUAGGGCACCUAGCGGUUCGAUCUAUCCCUUUAUUACGGUUAUAUUAGGUUUACAAAAUUACGGAAAUAACUAUAUUUCAUUGUCGUA